AUGCCUAAAAAGUGCUGUGUAGUUGCUUGCAGAAGCGGUUACAAAAAGAAAAAAAAUGACGAUACUGUAGAGGAUUUUAUACCUAUAACAGUAUUUAAUUUUUCCUCAGAUAUAGAUUUAUGCUCCCGGUGGAUCAAGUUUAUAAACAGAAUUAACUGGAAACCAUCUAAACUUUUUGGAAUAUGUAUUGAUCAUUUCAAAGAAAAAUUUAUUAAACAAAGCAAAAGAAAUACACCAAACUUUACAAAGAAUCCUAUUCCAACAAUUCAUACAAAAAAAGAUUGUUUUUUAAAGCCAUCUUUACUUCCUGCACCUAUAACUUUAAGAAAGGCUCCUAUAAAAAGACCUUUUUCUCAUUCAUUGUUAGAUGAAACAGUGGUUUUCAACAAACUAGAUAAGAUUUGUUCAAUCAAUGAUUUGACAGAACAAGUUUGUCCUCAAAAUUUUUCUACUUAA